AUGAAGCUAACCUCCACUUCCUCAGUGAACAACUUGCGCAUUUCGUUAGUCCUUUUGUACGGACUGGGCUUGACUGUGGUGAGCGGAACUUUCGAUCCGCAAGUUAUUUGCACAUUGUUGGCAAAUGGUACGAAAAUCAACGAUCCCCGUGCGUGCAAUGCAUGGAUAGUGUGCGUCGAUGGUGAGCCUAUUGGUGGCACUUGCGGAACCGAUCUUUUCUACGACAGAGAGAGCGAGGAGUGUGUACCAUCCAGCAAUAUCACGUGCAUAUCGAGCAACCCAUGCGCUGCCGUCCAGAAUGGCUUUGUGGCGGAUCCCUAUUCCUGCAGCGACUAUUACUACUGCUUGAAUGGGAAUGGCACGCAUGGACAAUGCAACUCGGGCAUGAAUUACAACCCCGGCACAGAGGACUGCAUACGGAACUUUACCUGCACGCAGACCAUGCUGCCAGAUAGCUACUGCAAUAUUCUGCCCGAUGGUGUGUUUAUCAAGGAUCCAACGAGCUGCAACGGCUAUCAGAUGUGCUGGCAGGGUGUAGUCAUCAAUGGCACCUGCCCAGACACAUUCUACUUUAGUGCCGCGAAUGGCGAAUGCGAAUAUCCGCAGAAUGUGACAUGCGCCAUCACAGAGGAGCCGCUUAUUGCGAAAUCGGGCGAGUGCUCGUCAGCCGGCCAGUUCGUGUCCGAUGGGAGCACCUGCAACGGCUAUUACUACUGCCAACAAUUGGAUAAUGGGGAAAUGGAGCUGGUGCACGGUGAAUGUGCCUCGGCCUAUUUCUUCAGUGCGGCCGAUGGCGGAGCAUGUGUGCCGCGCUCUCAGAUCCAUUGCGACUACGAUCGUUGCGCCGGUCUCGGGGAAACUAACAUUCAAUUGGCGAAUGAAUCGGACGAUGAUUGCACGGGCUACGCCAUUUGCCAGAGUGGAGUCAGCAUCGGCAGCGGUCUUUGUCCCAGCGACGAGUAUUUCGAUGAGCUGACUCAGCGCUGCACGACACAACUGAUAUCUUAUCCAGCCUGCGCCCUAUCAGCGGCAAGUAGUACGAGUACGCCCCAAGGCGAGCAGCAGACCGUAACAAUGAUUAAUGACGACACAAGCAGCGACACCUCUGCCACAAUAUCUUAA